UCGGUCUGUCGUUAGUGGCGGAAGCAAAAUUUUAAGUCUUUUAGCAAAAUUCAAAGUGUAACCCCGGUGCCACAGCCAAGGAAGAAGAGAAUUCAUCGAAUCCAUCAUCCAAUCAAGCAGAGCAAAUAAUGUAUCGAAUUGUUAAAGAAACUAUCGGCCAUCUGGGCAUGGUGCCUAUGGUACGGCCAAUGUCCUCGAAAGCCCCGAAGAACCGGUCGGGAACGGGGAGCGAGAAGUGCAAGCAGAAAGUGUGCGAAGACCGUGCCCGAGAUUUGGGCGUGUUCGAGGGCACCGUGCCGGAGCGUUUGCAGGUGGCCAGCCCGCAGAUGUGGCGACCCUGUCCGGAUCCGCCGAAGCCGCGCGAGUUUAGCUGCGACGAUGCCGGUCUGCUCAACAUGACCCGCCGGAGACGCGAGCCGGUGCUUAAGAAGACCAGCUGUACCUCGCCCGCUCCCAGCGUUGAGGCGCCGGAAUGCAUCAAAAUCAAGGAGGACCUAUGCCUGCGCGUGCAGGUGCCCGGCUGCGGCAAGGUUAAGUUUCCACCGAAGUGUGACGCACCCUUGCCGGUGCGCGAUUGCGUCAAGCAGAAGGCACCGGUUCCGGCAUUCUCCGAGGCGUACAAAAACCCCUUCCCACCGCUACCGAUCUCGGAGUGCUUGUGCUACGAUGCGACCAAAAUGUGCUAAACGUUCUUUAUUUUUGGCACGCGGCAUGCAACACACAGUUGGCGAGAAACGAUUGAUUCGGCGUAUUGAUUUUCCUAUGCCAUAAUUAUUAUAAUUUACGCAUAAAGCUUGCUCUGUACCGUUAUCGGAUCUACCAUUGUUA